ACUCCUCUCUCUCUCUCUCUCUCUCAUAAAGUCAUAAUGGUAAGAGGAUUAGGCUUCACUGCAGGACUCACGGUCCUUAUUGCUCUUGUUCUAUUAGUCCCUCCAUCUUGCAGUACAACUCUGGAUAAUCAUACUUGUGCCCAUUUUUCUUCCUGUGGCAAUAUCCCCAACAUAAGCUUUCCGUUUAGAUUGAAGACCGAUCCUAAGAAGUGCGGGCACUCAAGGUAUGAACUGUCGUGUGAGAACAAUCGCACGGUGCUGUACUUAUUGGAAGGAAAAUACUACGUACAAGAAAUCAGUUACAGUAACUACACAAUCCGGAUCGUGGACUCGAGUAUACACAAGUACAAUUACUUCUCCACUCCGAGUUAUUCUUUAUAUGGAUACAGUUUCCGUUUGCACUAUUCGUAUGCACAUGCUACGUAUCAGCUGAGGAUGGAAUUGGAGUCAAUGGAGUGGAAUAACGCACAGCUAUCACGAAGUUUGGCUUUGAUGAGCUGUGAAAAACCAGUGAAUUCUCCAUUGUAUUUGGACACUUCUACUUGCAAUUAUAAUGACAACUCUUCUUCUAUAUCUGAUUCCAAGAGGAGGUAUAGAUAUGUUACAGUUGGUAGAACCAACGCAUCCCAAGUGGGGGACUCGUGCCAAGUAGAGAAGAUGUUUCUGACAUCGUGGCCAAUAAAUAAUGAUGACCCAAAUAUCUCCUGUAAAGACGUCCACAAUGAAUUGGCAUAUGGUUUUGAGCUUUCAUGGCUCGAUGGUAUUUGUCGAAGUUAUUGCAGAGAAGAAGGCCAGUAUUGCUACCCCGAUGGCGCGAACCAUGUUCAAUGCAUCUAUCUGAACUCUAAUGAAGGAUUGCUUGACCAGAUCCGAUAUACAGUACUCCAAGCAUUUUGGUUUUCAAUUUUCGACAAUGCAGCAUGGUGGAAUAAAAUUAAAAGAAAUUCACAUUAUUUACUCACAGCCACAGAUUAUUUGCCCGUGUCAGUGAAAUUGGCAUCAUUUUACCUUGAAACAAAGACUGCCUUGGGGAUUCCAUGUGUGGUGGCAUUUUUGAUAUAUAAGUGGCGUAAGAGACAUUUAUCAAUGUAUGAUGCUAUUGAAGAAUUUCUGCAAAGCCAAAUUAAUCUCAUGCCAAUUAGGUACUCUUACUCAAACAUUAGGAAGAUGUCCAAAGGUUUCAAGGACAAAUUGGGUGAAGGAGGCUAUGGCUCUGUAUAUAGAGGAAAGCUUGAAAGUGGCCCUCUAGUAGCUAUAAAGAUGUUGGGUAACCCCAAAGCUAAUGGGCAAGAAUUUAUCAAUGAAGUUGCAACAAUUGGAAGGAUUCACCACGUGCAUGUGGUGCAACUCAUUGGUUUUUGUGCUGAGGGACCAAAACGUGCCCUUAUAUAUGAAUUCAUGCCUAAUAGUUCUCUUGAAAAAUACAUUUUUUCUCGAGAAGGAAGUAUGCCUUUAAGUAUUGAAAAAACAUAUAAGAUUUCUCUUGGAGUGGCUCAUGGGAUUGAAUAUCUACAUCGAGGAUGCGACAUGCAAAUUCUGCAUUUUGAUAUUAAGCCUCAUAACAUUCUUCUCGAUGAGAACUUCAUUCCCAAAGUUUCUGAUUUUGGGCUUGCAAAACUUUAUUCAACGAAUGAUAGCAUAGUGUCGUUGACUGCUGCAAGAGGAACAUUAGGAUAUAUAGCUCCAGAGUUGUUCUAUAAAAACAUUGGAGGGGUCUCCUAUAAAGCUGAUGUUUAUAGUUUUGGCAUGUUAUUGUUGGAAAUGGCAAGUAGAAGAAAGAACGUGAAUGCAUUUGCAGACCAUUCAAGCCAAAUUUACUUCCCAACUUGGGUCUAUGGCCAAUUUAGCGAAGGAAAUGACAUAGAAAUAGAAGAUGCCACAGAGGAGGAGAAGAAAAUUGUUAAGAAGAUGAUCAUAGUUGCAUUAUGGUGCAUACAAAUGAAGCCUAGUGACCGUCCUUCAAUGAACAAAGUUGUAGAAAUGCUUGAAGGAGAAGUUGAAUGCUUACAAAUGCCUUCCAAGCCUUUCCUAUCAUCAUCACCAGCGAGACCAACAAGGGAUGUAGGAGACAAUUUAAAUUCAACUAGUUCAUCAUUUCAAUCAGGUGAAUCAAGUCAAUUGGCUAUACUUUAAAUGCAAGGGAAAGUUAACACCACAGCGGAACUGGGGCAAUUAUUCUUCACAUAUAUGAUAGCAUAAAGACACUUCAUAUUUUUGU